AUGGUUAUUGUGGUCGCUUUCUGCUUCCGCUCACACAAAGGCCAGACGACAGACGACUUUUGUGGCGACAAGAAAGUCACUCAUAAGACAUGCGCAAAAGACAAUGGCAAUGCCGUUGUAGUUGGGUAUUACGAAGGUUGGGCUAAGAGCCGUCCGUGUAACGUCUUCUGGCCUGAACAGAUCCCAAUUGGGGUUUACACUCACAUUAACUUCGCCUUUGCAGUCAUCGAUCCGAAGACUUUCAAGAUAGCUCCUUCUUCUGAAGGAGACAUCAAUAUCUAUAAGCGCUUGGUUCUUUUGAAGCAGCAGGAUCCAAACCUCAAGGUCUAUAUAGCUGUCGGUGGUUGGGCUUUCAAUGACCCUGGCCCGACGGCUACUACCUUCUCGGACCUCGCCGCAUCCGUGCCAAGACAGAAAGUCUUCAUGGAGUCAUUGUUAGCUUUCAUGUCGACAUAUGGUUUCGAUGGCAUCGAUCUAGACUGGUACGAUUCCUCGAGUGCAAAUUCCGUGCUCAAGCUGAUGGGUGUUGCCACUGAACAGGGAAUAUCCGGUGGCUGA